UUCUGUUCAUCCCCAUCAACCCAAUUGCCACCCUUUGAUCCUAAAAAAUGCAUAGCCCCAGCCAAUUGCCAGUGCACCACACCAACACGCCCGAACACCGCCCAAUCAAGCGCCACCACACAGCGCGCUACUACGUUCACCGUGUCAAGGAGAGCCUCACCACCCGCUUGUCAAAGCUCAUAUGCGCCAUCUUCUUAAGCUUGUUGCUAAUCGUGGGCAUCAUUACGUUUAUUCUCUGGCUCAGUUUACGACCCCACCGGCCCAGGUUUUUUAUCCACGACUUUUCGGUUCCCGGUUUGGGUUUGGAGACCGGGUUCGAGAAUGCCCAGAUUGCGUUCAAUGUCACGGCUCGAAAUUCGAAUUUGAAUAUUGGGAUCUACUACGGUUCGAUUACCGGUUCGGUUUAUUAUAGAGACCAGAAAAUUGGGUCGACGCCGUUGCUGGAUUCGUAUUAUGAGGCGCCGAAGACUACUAAGGUGUUGGCGGCGGUGCUGAGCGGCGCGACGUUGAAUAUCAAUAAUGAACGGUGGAUGGAGUUUAAUAAUGACCGGUCUAAAGGGACCGUGGCUUUCCGGUUGGAGAUUACGUCCACUAUCCGGUUUAGGAUAUCCACGUGGGAUAGUAAGCGCCACGGUAUGCAUGCUAAUUGUGACGUGUCGGUGGGCCCCGAUGGGAUGAUUUUGCCUUCUUCCAGGGAUGUGAGAUGCCCGGUUUAU